UCCUGACAAAGGGAAAGGGAAAAAUACAUUUCCCGUGAGGCGUUGUGACUAGAACAGCUGGAGGUGGACGGCAGAGUGCCGCGACGACUGCCAGGAGUUGUAGUUCUCCCCGGCCGCGUCACCGCGGCGUCGCCCACCCUUCUUCCCCGGGCAGGCCGCGGUUUCCUUUGUGGACGUGGCGAGGAGUGCCCGCGGCCCCCUAUGCACUCAUCGGCCCCGCCCCGUGAGACGCUCGUGCGAGCUCAUUGGGCGGGGGGUGGGGCUCUGCGCUGCCAGAGGCGGGGCCUGGCUGGAGAGCGGCCGAAUUGGGCACAUUUGCGGGAACGCAGAGCGGAGCGUGGAAAGCCGAGCGAAGCUGGAUAACAGGGUCUGGGACCCCCCUGAGACUCCGUCAGAAGAUUCGGUCCUCCCCAAAGGUGGCUUUCCCUCUAAGCAUCCCGCCCUCUUUUCCCCCAUCGCCCGCCCUUUUUGAGCCCGAAAGCUUGCAGCCAACUUCCAACUCCCUGUCCUGUCCUAGGGACCGAUGAUGUGGCGACCAUCGCUUCUGCUGCUUCUGUUGCUACUGAGGCACGGGGCCCAGGGGAAGCCAUCCCCAGACGCAGGCCCUCAUGGCCAGGGGAGGGUGCACCAGGCGGCCCCCCUGAGCGACGCUCCCCACGAUGACGCCCACGGGAACUUCCAGUACGACCAUGAGGCUUUCCUGGGACGGGAAGUGGCCAAGGAAUUCGACCAACUCACCCCAGAGGAAAGCCAGGCCCGUCUGGGGCGGAUCGUGGACCGCAUGGACCGCGCGGGGGACGGCGACGGCUGGGUGUCGCUGGCCGAGCUUCGCGCGUGGAUCGCGCACACGCAGCAGCGGCACAUACGGGACUCGGUGAGCGCGGCCUGGGACACGUACGACACGGACCGCGACGGGCGUGUGGGUUGGGAGGAGCUGCGCAACGCCACCUAUGGCCACUACGCUCCCGGUGAAGAAUUUCAUGACGUGGAGGACGCAGAGACCUACAAAAAGAUGCUGGCUCGGGACGAGCGGCGUUUCCGGGUGGCCGACCAGGAUGGGGACUCGAUGGCCACUCGAGAGGAGCUGACAGCCUUCCUGCACCCUGAGGAGUUCCCUCACAUGCGGGACAUCGUGAUUGCUGAAACCCUGGAGGACCUGGACAGAAACAAAGAUGGCUAUGUCCAGGUGGAGGAGUACAUCGCGGAUCUGUACUCAGCCGAGCCCGGGGAGGAGGAGCCGGCGUGGGUGCAGACAGAGAGGCAGCAGUUCCGGGACUUCCGGGAUCUGAACAAGGAUGGACACCUGGACGGGAGUGAGGUGGGCCACUGGGUGCUGCCCCCUGCCCAGGACCAGCCCCUGGUGGAAGCCAACCACCUGCUGCACGAGAGCGACACGGACAAGUUCUUCCGUUGGUGACCUCCCCACUUGCAGAUCAGCAGAUCAAAUCCCCAUGCUGUUGACAACACGCCGGGAGCAAAGAGCCAGGUGGAGCUUCGAACGAAGUCAGAUCUUCUGAUAUUUUAAAAGCUGAGAUAAAAUUCACAGGCCAUAAAAUUAACCCUUGGUCGGGCGUGGUGGCUACGCCUGUAAUCCUAGCACUUCAGGAGGCCAAGGUGGGCAGAUCACUUGAGGCCAGGAGUUCAAGACCAGCCUGGACAACAUGACGAAACUCUAUCUCUAUUAAAAAUACAAAAAUUAGCCGGGCGUGGUGGCACAUGCCUGUAAUCCCAGCUACUCAGGAGGCUGGGACAAGAGAAUCGCUUGAACCCGGGAGGCGGAGGUUGCAGUGAGCCAAGAUCGUGCCACUGCACUCCAGCCUGGUGACAGAACCAGACUUUGUCUCAAAAAAAAAAGAAACGAAACCCACGCCCCAUCAGCAGUCACUAUCCCCUCUCUCUCUGCACUCCCAGCCCCGGACAGCCACUAACUACUUUCUGUUGCUAUGGAUUUGCCUAUUCUGGGCAUCUCAUUAUAAAUGCAAGCAUACGUGUGA